AUGAAGAACAUUCGUGAUGAUGAGAUUGAAGAGUUCAAGAACAUGUGGGCACAGCACAAUGUUCCUGCACAAUCUUCUCUUCAUGAACCAGAAAACAAAGAAAAGAAAAAUGUAAAGAAGGAAGAGAAGAAAGAUGAUAAGAAGACAGAAGAUAAGCCAAAGAAAGAAGAAACUCACUAA